AUGCGACCAGAGACAGAACCACUACUGAAAAAUGGUGGUAUUGAGAUGGGCAAGCGCUACGGAGAACUGCCAGUAGUUCAUCGAUCAAAGUCUCCAGUAAAAUACUACUGGAACUCAGAUGUGGGAUGGUGCGAACGACGGCGGAGGCGACGGAAUAAAGCUAAGUACUACAGAGAGUUGGAGGAGUUGAUGGAAGUCUUCGAGUAUGACAAUCGAGUUAUUGAUGGUGAUGAACAUUCUCUUCAGCGUGAACUUGGUCCCGAUCGAUUCCUUGCCAGAGUUUCCCUUACUUUAAACAUCACCCUCCUUCUGGUAAAUCUGUUCGCAUCCAUUGUUACAGGAUCGCUAUCAAUUAUAAGUACAUUUGUCGACUCGUUCAUGGAUAUUACAACGGGAUUUGUAUUAGGCAUAUGUUUAUGGUUGAUAAAACAUACGAACACUCUGAAAUAUCCCAGAGGAAGAAGGAGGCUCGAAUUGGUGGGAGUGAUCCUGAGUUCGAUCAUUAUGGGAGUCGCAAAUAUGUUCCUAAUUAUGCAGUCUCUUUCGGCUAUCAUUUCUGGAAGGGUAAGUUUAUAA